AUGACAGACGUACUAGCUCCAAAAUAUGAGGAAUUGAAAGAAAUUUUCGCGAAAUGUGGAGAAGAAAUGGAAUGGGAAGCUAUAGAAAAGGAAGCGGAGGAAAAUCGCGAGACGGAUAUUAAGAAUAUGAAUGAAAAAGAGCAACCAGGAACCCUAAGGAAAAGAAAUAUCAGAAAAGGUGGAGGGUAG